AUGGAAAGUCAUGAAAAUUACAGAAGUUACUACAAUGAUAAUUUAAGUUUUUUUGAACCUAAGUACUUCUUAAUGUUCAUGAUAUUGUUAUUCGUCCCUUAUUUUACAUGGAAAAAUAGCAAUGCUUAAUAAGAGCCAAUUAAAGUAAUACUUAGUUGUAUUAAUAUAGGAUAGAGUUUGGAGAAAGUUUGCAUUUUCCUUUUAGGAUAUGAUGAAUAAAUUUUAUAUUACUGAUAAGGAGAUUCUAAAAAAUACUUUUCAUAAUACAAUCUUUAAUCCAAAACCAUCACUUGUUAGGAAUAAUGUGAGAAAACUCAAUAAAAAAAAACUUAGCGUGUAAUUUGAUUUGAAUAAAAAUAUAACACAUUUGUUUCAAUAUAAUGGUUGAUGAGAAAAGCUUAACUAAUUGAGAAUUUUAUUAAUUAAAC